AUGCCUGGUUCAGAGAAGGAGUUGCCUCCUCAGAAGGUCUAUCCUCUAAGGGAUAUUCCGGUUUCCUCACAUGUGGCGCCUUUUCAUUCAGAUUACACCCCAGGAGUUCCAAUAGCUAUAGACUUUGGAAAAACUAGUAUGAGGAUAGGGCUGGUGAACAAGGAUUCUCCAACAUCCGUUUUCCCUACUGUGGUAUCCAAGAGUCGUGACAGAAAGAGGAACAAGAUGCUUAUAUUGGCAGGCAAUGAUGUUUACAUGGAGGCAAGCAACAACAAGUCGAACGUAAAGUCUCCAUUUGAUGGACAAUUAAUCACCAAUUGGGAUUCUGUGGAAACACUAUUGGAUUACGGUUUUUCUCAUAUUGGAGUGUCAUCUCCACAUGGAGUUGAGAAUCCGAUUAUCAUCAAUGAACUUCUUGCAACACCGUACAUGCAAAGAGCUGGAAUGUAUCAGCUCUUGUUUGAAGCUUACAAUGUUCCCAAAGUUGUUAGCGGUGUAGAUGCGGUAUUUGCCUACCAUUACAAUACCGAUUCUCCAAAUGGUCUUGUUAUUGGAACGGGUCAUGAGUCUACAAAUGUUAUACCUAUAGUCGAUGGAAGUGCUGUUUUAACUUACGCCAGAAGAUUAGAUUGGGGAGGAAAUACGGCAGCCCAAUGGUUGAAUAGCAACAUAUCGUUGAAAUAUCCCUAUUUUCCAAGCAAAAUUUCCCCUCAAAAUGCCGAGUAUCUAGUGAAAGAUCAUUGUUAUGUGUCUACUGAUUAUCAGAAAGAAAUCUCAGAUUAUUUGACGUUAGAAACCUUAGAAGAGAAAGAUCGAGUUAUUGAAGCUUCCUUCGUGGAAGUUAUAAAACCACAAAAGACUGAGGAAGAGUUGCAAAUAGAGGCGGAAAAGAGAAAAGAGAGCGGUCGUAGACUUCAAGAGCAGGCUCGUAAACAAAGAGAAGAAAAGCUUUUGCAGAAAGAAAAAGAAUACGAAUACUAUUCUGCACUUCGAGCAAACCUGGAAGCAGGUCCAAGGCGAGAUGUAUUGAAUAGUUUAGUUUCUGAAGGAUUUGAAGACGUUGAAGACUUUACGAAGUAUUUAUCAGGUUUGGAGAAGAGUCUUAAAAAAGCGAGACGACAGAACGCUUUGACUGGUGACGGAGGGGAAGAAGAAAUUGAGGAACCUCCAAGCUUCCCACUAAUCGAUAUCCCCGACGAGCAGCUUGACGAGGAUCAAAUAAAAGAAAAGAGACGUCAGAAGCUUUUGAAGGCUAAUAUGGAUGCUCGUUUGAAAUUGAAGCAAGAGAAAGAGGCUGCCAAACUUGAAGAACUCCAGACUGAUUUAAACGGAUGGAUCAAAGCCCGUAGAGAUCGUCUGACAGCUAUUUUACAAUCCAAGAAAGAAAGAAAGAAGCGGAAAGAAGAACUUUCAAACAGAAAGUCUCGUACUGCCCAGCAAAGGAUGAAGAAGAUAGCAUCGCUAGCAGCAGACAACAACGGUAAAGGUGAUAGCAACCGAAAAAGGCGUGGAGGUGCUGUGACCAUUGAUAAUGACCCUAACGAUACAUUUGGUGCUAAUGAUGAUGAUUGGGCAAUUUACAGGGCAAUUUCAGCCGGUGACGAUGAAGAAGCUGAGGAAGAAGAAGAGCAAGAACUCUUGGAAAUAGAGGAAGCUCUUUUGGAGUUCGAUCCAACAUUUACAAUUGAAGACACCUAUAAGCGUCAAUAUGACUGGAGAAGUAGUAUAGUACACAGAUUCUUACGUGGUCCAAGACCAUAUGAUCCCGAAGAACAGCAUCAGGCACAUCAAAUUCAUUUGAAUGUGGAACGGAUUAGAGUUCCGGAAGUGUUAUUCCAACCUUCUAUUGCAGGUGUUGACCAGGCAGGUGUUGCUGAGCUUUGUGAAGAUACAGUACUACGUAGACUGCCCAGUAUGACUGGAUUUUCGGGAGAUCAGCAGCAAGAGUUACUGCAAAACGUUUUUAUUUCAGGAGGACUUUCCUAUUUUGAAAACUUUGAAGAGAGAUUGCGCAGAGAAUUUCAGAGCUUCUUACCCGUGGAGAGAAAUGUUGUUAUACGCAGAGUCUCGGACCCCUUCAAUGAUGCUUGGAAAGGAAUGGCUAAAUGGUCAUCAAGUCAGGGUGCCCAAACGUCAUAUUUAACUCGGGGUGAAUACCUCGAGAUGGGGGUGGACUACAUUAAGGAGAACGCGAUGGGGUGUGUGAAGUUGUAG